AAGGAAUGCCUACGAGAUUCACUUAUGAAGAACUAAAAGCAGCAACUGGAGAUUUCCAGAAAAAACUAGGAGGAGGAGGGUUUGGGUCAGUUUUUGAAGGAGAUAUGGCCACAGGAGAUAAAAUUGCCGUGAAGCGCCUAGAUUCUUUAGGCCAAGGGAAGAAGGAAUUCAUGGCAGAAGUCAAGACCAUAGGAAGCAUCCAUCAUAACAACCUAGUGAGGUUAAUUGGCUUCUGUGCAGAAAAAUUGCAUAGACUCUUGGUGUAUGAGUUCAUGUGUAAUGGGUCCUUGGACAAAUGGAUUUUUCAUAAAGAGCCCUUGAGACCUCCUCUAGAUUGGCAAACAAGAAGGACAAUUGUUCUAGACAUAGCAAAGGGGCUGGCCUAUCUCCAUGAAGAUUGCAGACAGAGAAUAGUUCAUUUGGAUAUCAAACCCCAAAACAUACUAUUGGAUGCAGAUCUUCAUGCGAAGAUAUCCGACUUUGGAUUGUCCAAGUUGAUUGAUAGGGAUCAAAGCCAAGUGGUGACGACAAUGAGAGGGACUCCUGGGUAUUUGGCUCCUGAAUGGUUUAGUUCAGUAAUCACAGAGAAGGCAGAUGUUUAUAGCUUUGGCAUUGUAGUAAUGGAAGUGGUCUGUGGAAGGAAAAAUUUGGACAGGUCACAGCCUGAGGAAUUCAUGCAUUUGCUCCCAAUUGUCAUGAAAAAAGAUGAGAAGGAUCAAUUGGUGGAUGUGGUUGACAGGAGUGAGGAUAUGCAAUUGCACAAGUCAGAAGCUCUGAAGAUGAUGAAGGUUGCAAUUUGGCGUCUGCAGAGUAAUUACACAAGUAGGCCUUCCAUGUCAAUUGUAGUUAAAGUCUUAGAAGGCAAUUCCGAUGUGGAUGCUGAGCUAGACUACAGUGUCCAUAAUCCAGCAGCAAUGGCAGCAAUAAAAAGAGAGGCAGAGUUAGGGACAACUCCAGUAUUGCCAUCUUUUCUAUCAGGACCAAGGUGAAGAAAGAUGAUUUUGGGUUUUCUAUUUCCUAUUGCCUUUAUUUUUCAUUUCUAUGAUCUGUGCUAUGUUUUCAAUUCAAUCUGCUUGGUUCCACUUGUGGAAGAACAGUAUAAUUUUAGAAGCUAUUUGGCUUAUUUCUCUUCUGCUUUUUGUUGUGACUGAUAAUUGUAAUAAAAAUUUUCUCAAGGCAUAAUCUAGUUGUUAAAUUUGCCUUUCCUCUAAUUAUCAAGUUGUCUACACAUAUAUCAUUCCCCUUCUUCAA